UUCUCUUGAUCCUUCUUACCCUUACGGAGUUUCAUUAUUUUCCAAAAUUUUGUUUGUUACUCUGCUCUUCUCAAUUCUGCAUUCUGAAUUGAUGGGGUUCUUCCAUUUCUUGAAAACACAGCUUACUACAGUUUUUCAGGUCAAUCUGAGUGUUAUUUCUAAUUAUAUUGAUGGUAAAGUUAGAAUCUUUAAUUCAAUUCUUCAAUUUUGUAAGCUCUGUUUUCUUGAACUAGUAAAGUGUUCUUCAGAUGAAUCAUUUGACAAGAAACAAGAAAAUGCCGUGUAUGUUUAUGAAAAUCCAAAACACAAGAAAACUAGCAGGGACGCUAAUGAAUGGAGGUGUAUAGAUAACUGUUUUUGGAUAAUUGGAUACUUGUGUAUAACUUGGUGGCUACUUUUAUUUCUAUGCAAUUUUUUGCCUGCUAUUUUGCCAGGUUUUAAAUUGGCUGAAUUACCUGGGAGUAGGCUAAAAAAUGAAGGGUUGAAUGCUCAUCACCCUGUUGUUUUGGUGCCUGGAAUUGUAACUGGUGGUCUUGAACUUUGGGAAGGCAAGCCUUGUUCUGAAGGAUUAUUUCGUAAGAGACUUUGGGGUGGUAGCUUUGCUGAAAUAUUCAAGAGGCCAUUAUGUUGGUUGGAACACCUAUCUUUGGAUAAUGAAACUGGGCUUGAUCCACCGGGAAUUCGAGUACGUGCAGUUACAGGACUAGUAGCAGCUGAUUAUUUUGCUCCUGGUUAUUUUGUUUGGGCUAAUCUUAUUGAAAAUUUGGCAAAGAUUGGCUAUGAACAGAAGAAUAUGUACAUGGCUUCUUAUGACUGGAGGCUAUCCUUCCAAAAUACAGAGAUCAGGGACCAAUCUCUGAGCAGGCUAAAGAGAAAAAUUGAGCUUUUGUAUGUUACAAAUGGUAACAAGAAAGUGGUGGUAGUGCCUCACUCGAUGGGCGUCAACUAUUUUCUCCACUUCCUUAAAUGGGUUGAAGCACCUCCCCCUGUUGGAGGGGCUGGUGGCCUUGGUUGGUGUGCCAAGCACAUCAAAGCAAUCAUGAAUAUUGGUCCAGCAUUUCUUGGAGUACCAAAGGCUGUUGCUAAUAUAUUGUCUGCUGAGGGAAAAGAUGUUGCGUUUAUCAGAGCCAUGGCUCCUGGUCUGUUCGAUUUGGAGACCUUUGGUUUUCAAACCUUUCAACAUGUUAUGAGGGUAUUUCGAACAUGGGACUCUGUCAUUUCAUUGCUACCGAAAGGAGGAGAGACAGUCUGGGGCGAUCUGAAUAGGUCCCCAGAAGAAGAAAAUGUAUGUCAUUCAGCAAAGACACAAUACCUGCAUUCCUCUUCAAAGGAGAGCAAUGGAAAUGAUACUGACACUCGGAGGAGUAUCCAGGAAAAAGAACUGGCAAAAUAUGGAAGAUUAGUAUCAUUUGGGAAGGUAGCAUCUGAGAUACCUUCGUCACAACUCUCUUUAAUAGAUCCAAAGGAAAUCUUGUAUGAAAACGCGCCCAUUUCCAGCACAUCAUGUGAGGAGUUGAUGACAGAAUAUGAUGGGAUGAGUCAGGAGAGCAUCAAGCGAGCGACUGAAAAUAAAGCCUACACGGCAAGAACUCUAAUAGAUCUUCUCAGGUUUGUAGCACCAAAGACGAUGCAGCGUGCUGAGUCACACUUCUCCCAUGGAUUAGCAGAUAACUUAGAAGACCCAAAAUAUAGUCAUUAUAAGUACUGGUCAAAUCCACUUGAAACAAUGUUGCCAGAUGCUCCGGAUAUGGAGAUCUUCUGUUCAUAUGGAGUGGGAAUUCCCACCGAAAGAUCAUAUGUCUACAAGAUAUCACCUUCUGAUAGAUGCAAGAGCAUUCCUCUUCAAAUUGACAUCUCUGCAGAUGGAAGCGACAAUGAUUGCUUGAGUGGUGGAGUAUACUUUGUUGAUGGCGAUGAGAGUGUACCAGUCGUGAGUGCUGGCUUCAUGUGUGCAAAAGGAUGGCGAGGCAAGACACGCUUUAACCCCUCGGGCAUUGCUACUUAUAUAAGAGAAUACCAGCACAAGCCACCAGCUAGUCUGCUAGAAGGGAGAGGCACAGAGAGUGGUGCCCAUGUUGACAUUCUGGGGAACUUUGCCUUGAUAGAAGAUGUUCUACGAGUUGCUGCUGGUGCCUCAGGUACAGAGUUAGAUGGUGAUAGAGUUUAUUCGGGUAUCAUGGAAAUGUCAGAACAGAUAAAUAUUCAGCUAUGACAUCAAAGAUGUUUUGAUACAUGGAUGAAGAACAAAGUAAAGGUCAGAGGAAAGAGUUCAAAAGAUGUUGGGAGUAAAUAUGAGUACACUAGU